GUUCAUUUGCACACUCCGAAAGCGAUGGACAUCUUGACCGUGGGUUUACUGUUCGUAGUGCUACUGCUCGUUUUAUUCGAACUGCACGUCCAGUUAUCGACACCGUACCGUGCCGGAAAGAAAUUCCCCGGACCUAAAGCCUUGCCCCUGCUCGGUAACGCUCACAAUCUACUGUUUAACGAUCAACGGCGCACGUUCCAGCUACCGAGACGAUGGGCCGCUAAGUAUGGUGACACCUACCGCAUUUUGGUACGCGGUUUGCUCAAUCUAAACGCAAUACAGGCGAAAGACGUCGAACCGCUCCUGUCGAGUCCGAAACUCAUCGACAAGGGUAUGAUUUACACCCUGCUGCACAGUUUUCUCGGCAUCGGACUGUUGAAUAGCACUGGCCCGAAGUGGCAACACCGCCGGCGUAUUUUAACGCCCGCGUUCCAUUUCAACAUUUUGCCCAGCUUCUUGAUCACGUUCCAGGAGGAGUGCCGUGGUCUGGUUGCGCAGCUGGAACAGUAUGCCGAUAAGGGUACACCAGUGGCGUUACAGCCAAUUGCUACCAAGUUUACGCUUAAUACCAUUUGCGAAACGGCCAUGGGCAUUAAGCUGGACUCGAUGACACUGGCGAAUGAGUAUCGUGGUAAAAUAGAAGCAAUUGGUACCAUGCUGCUCCAGCGGCUUAUGAAUCCUUGGUUGUUUGAGGACUUCAACUACAAGCUCAGCGGACUGCAGGCCAAGUUUAGCAAGUUGCUACAACCGGUGCACGCGUUCACGCGGUCGAUCAUACAGCAACGACGUGAGCAGUUUCAUCAAAACAUUCGAAACAUUGGAGAUUUUUCGGAGGAAAAUAUCUAUACGAACCUUAAACAGCGGUACGCGAUGCUAGACACGUUGCUAGCCGCCGAGGCUAAGGAGCAGAUCGACGAGGAAGGCAUUCGCGAGGAGGUGGAUACGUUCAUGUUUGAGGGGCACGAUACGACGUCCGCGGCAAUCAUCUUCACGCUGCUACUGCUUGCACACAGCCCUGAAGUACAGCAGCGUUUGUACGAGGAGUUGCAACAGAUCGCCGCCUCGCGAUCGGAUGCGGAUGGAGCGGAGUUCACGCAGCGUGACUACAAUGAGCUGAAGUACAUGGAUAUGGUGCUGAAGGAGUCACUGCGUCUAUAUCCGCCGGUUCCUUUCAUUUCGCGCAACGUCUCCGAGGACACCAUGUUUGGUGAUCGGCUUGUACCGAAGGAUACCCUGUUCAAUGUGCACAUAUUCGAUCUGCACCGCGAUCCGGCCGUAUUUCCCGACCCGGAGCAUUUCGAUCCCGAUCGCUUUCUGCCGGAAAAUGUUGCAGAACGGAGUCCGUAUGCGUACGUUCCGUUCAGUGCAGGACCAAGGAAUUGUAUAGGCCAGCGGUUUGCUAUACUGGAGCUCAAAACGGUACUCAAAGCGAUACUGGUGAAUUUCCGCGUGCUACCGAUCACCAAGAGGGAAGAGGUGGUCUUCGUGGCGGAUAUGAUAUUACGCACCAAAGAUCCGAUCAUGGUUAAGUUUGAACGGCGCAACAGGUAG